AUGAGCCAAGUACCACUGUUAUCGAAAACCCCUGCCAGGCGAGGUACUACUUCUAUACCUUUUGGUAUCCAACACUGCCGUCAGCUCGGUGUUGAUAAGGAAGCCGGAGAAGGCGGAGCUACCGAUCUUUUAUGUCAGCAAGGCGCUCCAGAGCGCAGAGCUUCGAUACCCACCCUUAGAGCAGCUAGCACUGGCUCUGGUCGUCUCGGCACGAAGACUUCGCCCCUACUUCCAGGCUCACGAAAUCACGGUUUUGACGAACCAGCCCCUUCGACAGGUGCUCCAAAAGCCGGAAACAUCUGGCCGAUUGGUCAAAUGGGCAAUCGAGUUGGGAGAGUUUGA